UAAUGGACAAGAAAACGUGGGAUCUCAGUUUUAGCUGAAGGACUUGGUGUGUCUUAAUUAAAUGGACAAGAGACUGAAGCGUGGUUACAGUUUUGUUUGAAUGGACUAUUGCUGCACAGUUGUAUUUGAAUGGACUAUUGCUGUCACAGUUGUAUUUUAAUGGACUAUAGCUGAGAAACUGACACGACAGGAAAUUUAACUUGAGUGUUCUGGUGGUAAAACCAAGUACUCACCAUCACGUGACAGGUGGGCGUAAACCAUGAAGAGGACGGCGUACCUUGUGAUGGUGGGGGUGACCUUCGGCUAUCUGGUCAUCGGCGCUGUCGUCUUUCAUUACUUAGAGAGCAAGAACGAGGAGAGCAUCAAGAUCCAGUUUACAGACGAGCAUGAGGCCUUUCUCAGAAACAACACGUGCCUGACACCGGAAGUCCUGCACGAGUACGUCAUGCUGGUGCUCAACACCCAGGCCAACGGGGUGGCGGUGGGGAUGAUCACCCAGCGGAACCUCUCGGCCAACACCUCGCUGGACGAGGAGCUGGAGGAGUCGGGCACCAAGUGGGACAUCGCCUCCUGCGUCCUCUUCUGCAUCACGGUCAUCAGCACUAUCGGGUACGGAAACAUCGCCCCAAAGACCAGUGGCGGGAGACUGUUCUGUAUCUUCUACGCUGUCAUGGGGAUCCCCAUGUUUGCUGCGGUACUGGUCGGCACGGGCGAGCGUCUACAGAAACCAAUCAAAAUGGUCCAAAACGGCAGACCGUGGAUCAAGAACAAUCCAUCCAGAGACGAGAAACUCAAGUCCAUCGUUCUGUUAACGCUGGGUGUGGUUCUAAUUGUUUUUAUCCCAGCCGCCGUGUUCACCAAAACCCAGAAGUGGAGUUUCCUGGAGUCGGUCUACUACACCGUCAUAACGUUAACAACUAUUGGCUUCGGAGAUCUAGUGCCAGGUUACUUUGACAAACCAGUGAAAGGCGAAGUCAAGAGAUCUUACGUGUACAGAGUUAUAUUAGGAUUCUGGAUUCUUCUGGGCAUGUCCUGGGGAGCCUUAAUACUGAGUGAAAUAGGAACAAUGCUUCAGACAAGGAUUAGCACUGCAGCCAGUCAAACACAAAACAAACUAAGCCACCUGGAGGGUAUAGUCAAGAAAAAAGCAAAAGCUACAAAGGAUAAAAUUAUUAAAAAGGAUAAAGAUGUGGAUUACUAUGCUACAAAAGACCAGAAAAAUGGGUCUCCUGAGGUAGAAAUAAUCAGCACAGAUAGCCCUGACUAUGAUGACAAAGAUGAAUAUAACCCUACCAACUCAGACACUGAGCUCAAUUUAGUUAACAAAUAAGUUACCAUGGCAACAUAGUCCUGGACCUUUCCAAUUUGUCAAAAAUUAACUGAAAACUCAUGGUUUAAAGUACAUUUUGUCACUUGAUCUAAAGAGCUUGAUUAAUUCUUCCAAUCACAACAUUAGCAUCUCAGACUAAGUGUUUUAAAACUGUUUGUGUGGUUUUUUAAUCCCCUUUUUCAUUUUAUCUAAUGGACACCAUGUUUAGGCAUAUCAUAAAUUAAAUAUCAAAUCUUUUUUAUACAAGUUUCAACGUUUCUACAUUUUUUCCAAAAUGAUAAAAUUUGCUUUUAUUGUAUAUGUGCCCUGCUCUAUGGUUAUAUAGCCACUAGAGUUGUUUCAAGAUGAAGGAUAUAUGUUCAGAACUCAUAGAUCUAAGUGUAAUAGUAAUGGCCAGAAUACUUAAAUUAUUUUUAAAAAGCUCAAGUGAAUUAGCUAUCUACUGUAUGAUUGAAAACUAUAGCUUUACUUUAGCAGCCACUGAAUUCAAUAUUGAAGAUAUUUGACAGUCACAUAAAACAUUCAUACUGACCUAGUAUGUACUGCAGAUAAAUCUGCUUCAACCCCUAGCCUAACCCUAAGUUUUUCACACCUGUUAAGUAUAUUUAAUAUGAACCACAGAAUAAGAACAAAUAGAUGUGGGCAAAUAGUAAAACAUAAAUUUUACUUAUUAUCUGUUAACCAAAAAUUACCAUUUUUCUGAGCUCUAUGUUUUUUAUAACAAGUUAAUUAUGGUUUGGUUUAUUAUUUAAAUUUUAUUUCUAAUUUAUUGAUUUUUUAGAAAUCAAGUUGUAGGCUAUUUGUUUUGGUGGAUGUUUUAGAUGUGUGCUUAUGAAAUCAAAUUUCUGUACUUAGCUGGUGCUGGAGUAACAAGUUGUUAUGGAAAUUGUUGCAUGAUCGUCUUUAUUUCUUAAACAGCUUUGAAUAAGGAGCUAAUUCUUAAGAAUAUAAUCAAAGAAAAUGUACAAUAACAGCAAAUAAGUAACGAAUUUAAGUCUACAGUUUCUGUACUAAAUAUGUUGAAAUAUGAUAAAACCUAUAUGUAUUAGAUCUUUUUAAAAUUCAGCUAGUGUACAUUAUUUGCUAAAGAUGACUAG